GUGAAACAACAGGCCCGUGCAGUGCUGCAGCAGCAGCAGCAGGUGCAGGCGCAGCAGCAGCAGCAGCAGGCGCAGGCGCAGGCGCAGGCGCAGCAGGCCCAGCAUGUGCAGAUCAACGCCGCCGCCGCUGUACCUGGUCAGCUGGUCCGUCCCGGGCUGCAGAUAUCAUCCCGGAUGCCUCGAGCCCCCCUGCCCUCCUCCAUCCCUUCUCCAAACGCUGCAGCCGCCGCCGCUGCAGCAGCAGCCGCUGCCGCCGCCGCUGCAGCCGCCGCGGCACAAGGACAGCAGAUGUCACAGCAGGUACAGAUGAUCCAAUCGCCCUCACCGGUGCAGACGCCACAGCCGAUGCCCCCCCCUCCCCAGCCAUCACCUCAACCCCCGACCUCACAGCCCAACUCCGUCAGCUCUGGUCCCACUCCGUCUCCAGGGGGUUUCCAGCCCAGCCCGUCCCCUCAGCCCUCACACAGCCCCGCCAGUGUCCGAACCCCCGGGAACUACGGAGUCCCCUCUCCAACGCUCAACACUCCAGGUAACCCAGUGAUGAGUCCGGCUGGAGCCACGUCUCUGGAGGAUCAGCAGUACAUGGAGAAACUCAAACAGCUGUCCAAAUACAUCGAACCUCUGCGCAGGAUGAUCAACAAGAUCGACAAAAACGAAGACCGGAAGAAGGACCUGAGUAAGAUGAAGAGUCUGUUGAAUAUCCUGACUGAUCCAAACACCAGAUGUCCCCUGAAGACGCUGCAGAAGUGUGAGAUCGCUCUGGAGAAACUGAAGAACGACAUGGCCGUGCCGACCCCCCCGCCACCCCCGGUGCCCACCAAGCAGCAGUAUCUGUGUCAGCCGCUGCUGGAUGCCGUCAUGGCCAACAUCCGCUCUCCGGUCUUCAACCACUCUCUGUACCGGACCUUCGCCCCCGCCAUGACCGCCAUCCACGGACCGCCCAUCAC